UUGCUUUUCUCAGAUCAGGUAUUUUUCAUCUGAUGCAUGUGUGACAUGAAGGUCAUGUUGCUGUUCAAGCAGACUAGAGAGAAUUUAAUUACAAGUAAAACAGUCAGAGGAAAGCAGAAAGCACUGGAAUUAAAGCUGACUGCAAUUAACAUAUUAGUGUAAUUUUCACUGUCAUGAUAGCAGUGUGGAUAGUCUAAGUCUAUGAUAUCUAUAUCAAUAUUUGAAGUAUUGCUUGUGAAAUCAUUAUCAAAAGAUGUUUGAUUCAUGUAGGAAACAGGAACUUUUUGAGUUUGUAAGUUGCUAUAAUCACUGAUAAUUGGUAAUGUACAUUAAAGUGAUAUCAAAGUGUUCAUGAGGUUAACUACUCUAUGCUGAACUUCAAAAUAUUACUGACCUUGGUAUGGACAGGCACAUAAAAUUAGCUAGAAAUGGCCAUUCUGAAUUUCUAGCAAUACUGUGAGAUGUUGAAAUCAGUAGGGUGGUAGCAUUUUUGAAGGUCGGGUCUGGGCAAGCAGGUUAAAUUGGUUUUUUCUUCAGUAGUGGGAAGAAAAAGACAUUCUCAAAGGGUGUUAUUUUCCCAGAUGUAAUGGAUGUGAGAGAUGAUGGGUCUCCAGCCAUCUUCUCAGUGCAAUUCUGCCAUCUGUCACUUGAGCAGGGAAAAGUGUUUAAUGAGCCUUUAAUGGAACUUGGUGAUUUCAAGCCCUUAUCAGAGACACUGUGUUGAUUCAGGUACCUGUGAUCAGCUGCACUGCUGCUGUCCAUGCUCCUCCGGAGGAAGGGUGUCCCUUUCAGGGGUGCACCUGGGGACAGACACUGGGCUGGGAGACCUCCAUGCUGCCAGAUGUUCUGCAGCAGCUGGUCUGGGCCUGUUGAUCUUGACCAGCUGAUGCUCAGCACUCAGGAGCAGGUCUGGGCUCCUGGGGGCAGGACACCACCCUGAGAGACGCUGCAACAUUUGGAGCCAAACUUGAUUUUGAUUUGGGCUGCAGUCUCUGCUGCUCUGUUGUCUGUAGACUGUGGUGUGGUAGCCAGGCAUCCCAAGCUGCCAGGUUUUAGCUCCACUUGCUUCCCACAGAGCCUGUUUCACACACAGUUCCACCUAAACCCCUGUUGAGUGCUAUUCUACACCCUUCUGGUAACAGUGUCAUCUUUAUUGAGUGUAUAAAAACCUAAAUCUAAGAUGGAUGCAAAAAAGUAGUAUCAUUUUCCUUUGAACAUAAGUAAAAUAGCAAUAAUAAUUUGAUGUUAUUUUUAAUUACCAGCUAAUUGUGGCAUCUGGCUAAUGAGACUGUGCAGAAUACAUUGCAGUAAUGUGGAAGUUCAGGAGUUGAUUAAAUCAGAGAAGUCUAAACCCAGCAGAAGCUCUUCCCUAUUUACUCACUUGUAGACAAAACCCUCUCUUCACACAUUUGUGUAGGAGCUCUUAGAAGUCUGAAAACAUUAUCACAUUGCCAUAAGAGUAACUCCAACAGUCUCAAGUCUUUAUUUCAGAGCCAGUGAUGCUUUUAUUCUCCAAAAAAGUCCUCAUGCAAAGUGUUACACAGCUGUCAUGCUAGCAGAGCUUGAUGGAAAUGACACAGUGAAGAGAGCCCUCAAACACUGUUCAGCAGAGUUGAUUUUAGCUCUGUGGAGUAGCAGCAGACUGCUCUUUGAAAUAGCAAUCUCAUUUCAAUUUUAAAUGUAUUAUUGUAUCUUGCUUGUGAUAGUAUCACUGCACUAUUGUAGAGUUGCUGAGCCAUCUUGAGAGAGCAGCUGGAAGGGUUUGGUGGGAUGGGAGGCUGGGGCUCUGCACACCCUUCUCACUCUGUCCAGGACUGUGGGUGAGUGUAGGGGAGGUUGGAUGUUGUCACUGGGGGGUUUCUUACAGUGCCAGUCCUUGGGAUGGGCUGCCAAGUGGAAAUCAGCCUUGGGUUGACAACUCUUCAGAAAUUUUGUGAGUGCUAGUUAAAAGUGAUUGGUUCAAAGUGAUUAAACGUGCAUGAGUUUUGUUGGAAAUGCCUCUUUGUUUGCUGCUGUUAGUGCAUUAGUGGUGUGCAAAGGGAUUUUUAUUAUUUUAGUUGAACAGUGGAAUUUUGUGAGUUUUUUUCUUUUUUCCACUAGAUGGCCCAAGCACGCUUCCAAGUACCCCAUGAGAACUGAAACUUGAUUCAUUUCUCUUCUAACUGAAGUAAAAACUCUACAUUGAGAGGCACAUACCAACCUGUGUGAUGCUUUGUGUUUGUUUAAAAUACAAACACCUAUCAACCAAGAGAGUGUUGGUCAAUGGAAGGAAUAUGCAGUAAUGAAAGAUGUCACUAGUAGAUUUGGGAAAGAAACUUUUAGAAGCUGCACGAGCAGGUCAAGAUGAUGAAGUUCGCAUUUUGAUGGCAAAUGGAGCACCUUUCACCACAGACUGGCUGGGAACAUCUCCACUUCAUCUAGCAGCACAGUAUGGACAUUACUCCACCACAGAGGUGUUGCUGCGGGCAGGAGUGAGUCGGGAUGCCAGAACCAAAGUGGACAGAACUCCAUUACAUAUGGCAGCAUCAGAAGGCCAUGCCAGCAUCGUAGAAGUCUUACUUAAGCAUGGUGCUGAUGUCAAUGCCAAGGACAUGCUCAAAAUGACUGCACUUCACUGGGCUACUGAACAUCACCACCAAGAAGUUGUAGAACUCUUGAUAAAGUAUGGAGCAGAUGUUCAUGCUCAGAGUAAAUUUUGCAAAACGGCAUUAGAUAUUGCAGUAGACAAUGGAAAUGAAGACAUUGCAGAAAUAUUACAGAUUGCAAUGCAGAACCAGAUCAAUACGAACCCCGAGAGUCCGGACACGGUGACGAUACACGCAGCCACGCCGCAGUUCAUCAUCGGGCCUGGAGGGGUGGUCAACCUGACAGAUGAAACAGGAGUGUCUGCUGUACAGUUUGGAAAUUCAUCAACAUCAGUAUUAGCUACGUUGGCAGCUUUGGCAGAAGCAUCAGCUCCACUGUCUAAUUCUUCAGAAACACCAGUUGUGGCCACAGAAGAAGUUGUGACUGCAGAAUCUGUGGAUGGGGCCAUUCAGCAGGUGGUCAGUUCUGGAGGGCAGCAGGUUAUUACCAUAGUUACAGAUGGCAUUCAGCUGGGCAACCUGCAUUCCAUUCCAACCAGUGGCAUAGGGCAGCCCAUCAUUGUCACCAUGCCAGAUGGGCAGCAAGUGCUAACAGUUCCAGCAACAGACAUUGCUGAAGAAACUGUAAUAAGUGAAGAACCGCCAGUGAAGAGACAGUGCAUUGAGAUUGUUGAAAAUCGUGUGGAGUCUGCAGAAAUAGAAGAAAGAGAAACUCUUCAGAAACAGCUGGAUGAGGCAAACAGAGAAGCACAAAAAUAUCGUCAGCAGCUUCUAAAGAAGGAACAAGAAGCAGAGGCCUAUCGGCAGAAGUUAGAGGCAAUGAACCGCCUCCAGACUAAUAAAGAAGCUGUUUAAUAAAAAAUGAACACACUGCAAAGCCUGUUACUUUCAAAAACCUGCAGUACAAUCUUGAACUGUACACUAUAUAGGUACAGCCAUGGGAUUUCAUGAUAGAGAAGAUGCUACAAGUUGAUAACUGGACUUAAGCCGUGAGCUCUGAUUGAUUUCUUGUAACAUAAAAACUCUGAAUUUAGAAAUUGUGAAAAGUAUUUAAAAUUAAAUACUGUAAAUAGUUGGUUUUUUUACAGUUUCAAAAUGAGUUGAUAAAUCUUUUUGAAGGGAUCCAGAAACAUGAAAAGCCAAUGUUUUUGUGAAAUUUUUGAUUUUAGUAUGAAUCUAACUUCUGAAAAACAGAACAGUUUUAAGGGUGAUGUUGAUUUAAGCUGACAAUUUGAAAUUUGAUUAUGUGACAAAAUUAAUUAACAGUUAUUUCUACAUGAUAACAGCUCAACUUCUCUGAAUAAGACAUUUCCAGGUGGAAAUCUUUGUACAGCUUUAAGUAGUUGUCUCAGAUUCUCUGAAAACCAUUUUUGGUUUUUUUUUUUAUUUUAGGUGGUGAAAUUUUUAUAUUUAAUUUCAGAUAUAUCCAAGUAGAUUUACAUGUAUAUGAAGCUAAUAUUUUUUAAACUUUUCAGUUUGUACAUAUGCUGCAUGUUUUUAUAAUUUCUACACAUACAUCUUGCAUAGGUAUUUUUCAGCAAAGAUGAGAAAAAUUAUGAGAAAAAUGUUUAGCCUAUAGGUCAUUUGAAGUAAGCUAGCAGCCAGUUUUAUUGUGGAUGGUAUAUUUCUUGGAAGAAUGUAAUUUGUAAUUAAGGAGAACAAAAAAGUAUUUUAAUUUACAUAUUAAGAGGCAAAAUUUGGUAGUGGAGGCGUCAAAACUUCACUUUGUGUGUCUUAUGAUUUUCCUGUACAAACAUUUUAAAGUUCAGUAAUGAAUAGAAAGGAAUGUCUCCACUGGAACACAAAUAGUAGCUAUUUUAGACUGUCCCUGUUGGUCUCUCUUCCCCAAUAGCCUUGAAAUGACUUCAGUGAUACAUUUUUUUAACGGACUUUUGCAUUUUAAUUACGCAAUUGGAUGAGUAAUUUUUUUUAUGUUGUAGUGAUGCUCUUCCUAGCCAGCAUCAUUGUUCCUCACUGUGAUACUGUGUUUGUGUGUGUCUGUGCAGUGAUCUAUUAUGCUUAAAAUUUAUAUGGCACGUUACAUCUUCAGAGCAUUGUAAAAUCUUUUAAAGAACCCUUACUGCUCUGCCUGAGGCAGGUAAGUGAGUGUUACUGUCUCAAUUUUUAACUGGUUUAAGUGCAACAUGAGGGAGUUAAAUGACUGGCUUACCACCACGUGAACCUGUGGUCACCUGGGAAUGGAUCUCAGGAGUUCCUGGCUUCUAGUCCUGUGCUUAGACUGAGCUGCCUUAAGAUUGUUCAGUGCUGUGUUACAUUAAAUUUUUGAACUACUGUGCAGAUCCGUUUUUUGUAAGAUAAAACUCUUUGUGCUUUGCUUUGUUGUUCCAUGUUCACUGCUUUUAUGGAAUUGUUUAUAUAAACUUAAGCAAAAUGUCUGGUUUAUCUAUACUGUACACGGAAGAAUUACCCUUAAAACUGUACUCUGGCCUACUUUUUCUAUUUUACAAUUAAAUAUCUUU